GGAACUCCGUACUAUAACUGUUCAGUUAUCAGUUUCUUGAUGGGAUUACAUGCCAUUGCACGACGCUUAUUCGGAGAUCACAUCUUUGAUGUAGACAGAUGGUCCUAUCUGCGCGUUUUCACCGCUGUUAUCAUUCAUGAGACACUUGGACUCGGCAUUUUGGUUGGAUUUUGGGCAGGGUGUUACAAAUUUCGGCCCCUCCACAGGAUGCUAACCUUGGCACCCAAAUCUGUUCAGAAUGCAUACGGUAAGGGCAUGAAUUGGUCGACAAAGAAACUCCAACGGGUUCCAUCUUUCGUCAGACGUCGCACAGAUCCCAACCGCCUCCUUAUCAGCGGCGCCGAAAGUUUUGCUUUGCGGAAGCUCCUCUUGCCGAUUACCGUUCCAGGAAAAAUUUAUAUCUCUGUGAUCGUUUCGGACCUUUUCUAAUGUGUCGUACCAUGUAUUCCUCUUUGCUCGAUCGAAAUCGACCUCGUUUUUUGAUUUUCUGACCUGUUUUCUUAGACUUUUAGUUGUUCGGACUUUCUUUGAUCGGUAUUACCUAUCGACAACGCGACUAGCGUUUCAAAAGCUAGGGGAAUCUUCUAGCUAUGAACAUUGAUUGGCCAAAAAUUGUUACUUAUUUCGCUA